AUGUUACAACCGCGAAUACCAUUUCGCUCCUUGUGUAGAAAGUGUCAGCUUUCUACACCUGGCUUCCGACGCUCAUAUGCUCAGGUCAUUGAUCCAGUACAUCCGAGCACCUCAGUCCUGGACACCGCCCGUGCAGAUCCCCCCGUGGCUCUCCCUCAAGACCGAAUUGGACCAGACGUCGGAGAGGUACGUCUUCGACGAUACACUCCACGAACUCCUGGCAUUCGCCAUUUGAUCCGGCCAUUGAAUGAACAUCUCUGGAAGGGCCGACCUGUAUUUUCACUCACAUAUCCCAAAAAAGGCCAUGGAAAAGGUGGCCGAAACGAUACCGGCCACGUGGUGGUCCGACAUCGAGGAGGUGGCCAUAAGAGAAGGAUACGCAUCGUUGAUUUUCGUCGGAGCGAGGGAGGCAAACAUCUUGUUGAACGAAUCGAACAUGACCCCGGUCGUACUGCCCAUAUUGCCCUGGUGAGAAAUGUGGAGACGGGGAAAAGGACUUAUAUUCUCGCUCCCGAAGGUUUGCGAGCCGGCGACUACGUGGAAAGCUACAGAUCUGGUCUUCCAAAAUCGCUACUUGAGGAAAUGGGCGGACAAAUGGAUCAGGGUGUGAUCGCUUCUAAAACCGCUUGGAGAGGCAACUGUCUGAAACUCAGCAUGAUUCCCGUUGGAACUCCCAUUUUCAACAUCACUCCCACAGCCCAUGGUAUUGGAAAGUUCUGUCGCAGUGCCGGCACACAUGGUAUCAUUGUCGGCAAAGGUGAAGACGCAGUGCAGAAAGAGAUGAUCAAACUUAUUGGGGACUCUGGAACUCUGGAUCUGUCUACUUUGACCAAAGACCAACUCAAGAAGUUCGAAAAGGCUGCCAACUACGUGACAGUGCGACUUUCUAGUGGUGAAGUUCGACUCAUCGACAAAGAAGCUGUCGCAACCAUUGGUGUGGCAAGCAAUGUCAACUUCAAGUAUACAUCACUAGGAAAAGCUGGCCGUGCCCGAUGGUUGAACAUUCGACCGACCGUUCGAGGUGUUGCCAUGAACGCGGCAGAUCAUCCACACGGCGGUGGUCGAGGAAAAUCCAAAGGAAACCGUGAUCCUGUCAGCCCGUGGGGAACUCCAGCCAAAUCAGGCUUCAAGACCAGACCGAAGAAUAAGGUCAAUCCGAUGGUCGUCACAGAGCGACCCAGAAACCAAGGGAAACGGCGGAGAGGUUAUGCUUAG